GGAUGAGCCGCCCGCGCCGGCCUCAGGGCCGGGCUCGCCGAGCGGAGCCUCGCGGCAUGGGAUCGCUCCAGCUCUGAGCCGCGCCGCCCUCCCUCCACCAUGGGCGACUCAGCCACGGCCUCUCCCGUUGGGAAAAUCCCCGCGGAGCCCAGCGAUUCCCGAGGCACCGGCACCGGCACCGGGACCAGCACCGGGACCGGCACCGGCACCGGCACCGGCUCCGCCCUGAGCGUCAUCAGCGAGGGCGUGGCCGAGCUGGCCCUCAUCGACGCCGAGGUGGCCAAGAAGGCGUGCGAGGAGGUGCUGGAGAAGGUGAAACAGCUGCACGGCUCCGCCAUUCCCAACGGCGCCGGCUGCCACAUCCGCUGCCUGGACGAGGCGCCCGGCGCCCGCAUCCAGGAGGAGGAGGAGGAGAGCGCGGGCGCCGCCAGGACGGCCCGCAAGCGCCAGCACCAGGCCAAGCAGUCGUGGCUGCUGCGCCUCUUCGAGUCCAAGCUCUUCGACAUCUCCAUGGCCAUCUCGUACCUGUACAACUCCAAGGAGCCCGGCGUGCAGGCCUACAUCGGGAACCGCCUCUUCUGCUUCCGCCACGACGACGUGGACUUCUACCUGCCGCAGCUGCUCAACAUGUACAUCCACAUGGACGAGGACGUGGGCGACGCCAUCAAGCCCUACAUCGUGCACCGCUGCCGCCAGAGCGUCGACUUCUCGCUGCGCUGCGCGCUGCUGCUGGGCGCCUACUCGUCCGACAUGCACAUCUCCACGCAGCGGCACUCGCGCGGCACCAAGCUCCGCAGGCUCAUCCUCUCCGACGAGCUGAAGCCCGCGGCCAGGAGGAGGGAGCUGGCGGCCGGAGCUGCUGCAGGUGCAGCUGCAGGUGCCGCAGGUGCGGACACGGGGCUGUCGCCGUCCAAAAGGACUCACCAGAGGUCCAAGUCGGACGCCACGGUGUCCAUCAGCCUGAGCAGCAACCUGAAACGCACGGCCAGCAACCCCAAGGUGGAGAGCGAGGAGGAGGAAUUCUCCUCGAGUACGGAAAGCCUGGAUAAAUCCCUGGCUCCCCCGGCGCGGCUGGCCCCGGAGCGCGAGUUCAUCAAGUCUCUGAUGGCCAUCGGGAAGCGCCUGGCCACGCUGCCCACCAAGGAGCAGAAGACGCAGAGGCUGAUCUCGGAGCUGUCCCUGCUCAACCACAAACUGCCCGCCCGCGCCUGGCUGCCCACGGCCGCCUUCCAGCACCACGUGGUCAGGGUGCCCCACUCGCAGGCCGCCGUGGUGCUCAACUCCAAGGACAAGGCCCCGUACCUGAUCUACGUGGAGGUUCUGGAGUGUGACAAUUUCGACACGGCCAGCGUCCCGGCGCGCAUUCCCGAGAACCGGAUCCGCAGCACGCGCUCGGCCGAGAACCUUCCGGAAUGCGGCGUGGGCGCGGAGCCGCGCGCCGGCGCCUUCAGCACCGUGCCCAACUACGACAACGACGACGAGGCCUGGUCCGUGGACGACAUCGUGGAGCUCCAGGUGGAGCUCCCAGAGAUGCACACCAACAGCUGUGACAACAUCUCCCAGUUUUCCGUGGAUUCCAUCACGAGCCAGGAGAGCCGGGAGCCCGUGUUCAUCGCGGCAGGGGACAUCCGGUGAGAGGGGGGCAAAAUCUGGGAAUUCUGCCCCGGAAAUCCUGGAAUUCUGACAUUCCCCAAAGCGAAAAUCUGGGAAUCCCCCUCCAGGAGGAUCCGGGAGGCCUCUCCCUACGGGCACCUCCCCCAGUGGCGCCUCCUCUCGGUCAUCGUCAAAUGCGGCGACGACCUGCGGCAGGAGCUGCUCGCCUUCCAGGUGCUCAAACAGCUCCAGUCGAUCUGGGAGCAGGAGCGAGUGCCCCUGUGGAUCAAGCCCUACCAGAUCGUGGUGAUCUCGGCGGACUCGGGGAUGAUCGAGCCCGUGCUCAGCGCCGUGUCCCUGCACCAGAUCAAGAAGCAGUCGGCGCUGUCGCUGCUCGAUUAUUUCCUGCAGGAGCACGGCCCGGCCACCAGCGAGUCCUUCCUGAGCGCCCAGCGCAACUUCGUGCGCAGCUGCGCCGGCUACUGCCUCGUGUGCUACCUGCUGCAGGUCAAGGACAGACACAACGGGAACAUCCUGCUGGACGCCGAGGGCCACAUCAUCCACAUCGACUUUGGCUUCAUCCUCUCCAGCUCCCCCCGCAAUCUGGGCUUCGAGACCUCGGCCUUCAAACUCACCACCGAGUUCGUGGACGUGAUGGGAGGGCUGGACGGGGACAUGUUCAAUUAUUACAAGAUGCUGAUGCUGCAGGGGCUGAUCGCCGCCCGCAAGCACAUGGACAAGGUGGUGCAGAUCGUGGAGAUCAUGCAGCAAGGCUCCCAGCAAUAA